AUGUGUGACGAUGCAACACGGGUGUUUAGUAUGAAAAGAAUAUUUCAAUUUUUAUGUUUAUUUUACAUGACACAAAUAGUUCAAACGAAAUCAGUAAAAAAAUAUGAUGAAUGUGAACAAUUUCUUAUUUCAAAUGAUUGUUAUUAUUUUCCGUGCUUAGAUGCACGUUAUUCGUGUGGCCGUAAUAACUAUUUGGUUAGAUUCAGCCAUGAUCUAUGCACAUUACCAAAUAAAAAAUUUGCUACCAAUUUAACAACAAAUGCACUUCUAUAUUUCAAUCAAAUAAAUUCAUGUGUUAUGAAAGCGUUAAAUAAUCAAUUGGUUGAACGAAAGAUCUCCGAAAAAUUUACGUGUGGUCAUUUGCAUGUAAUGAUAUAUAAUAUCUAUUUGAAUUGUUUUCAAAAUAAUCAACAAGAAAACACACAAGUUAAAACUAUUAAUCUUUGUUCGAUUAUAUGCGACAAUUUGCAAGCAAUGAUUGAUUUAUUUUUAACUUUAAAUGAAUCUCAUUUCAACUUACAACUAUUACUUUUAGAAACAGGCAAAAGUUGUGGAGCAAAUCUUCAUGAAUCAAUAUUGAAUACAAUACCUUCUUUGCUUGCAGCAAUUUGUCUGGAUAGAAAAGAUGCAGUUUUAGAACGCGAUAUUACUGAUAUCAUGUUUAAUGCAAGAUUUCGACCAGCCGAUUUCGAUUGGACAUAA